GUUCAGCAGUGGCAAACUCGGGGCAGGUAAUGACUGUUCUCAAGUGUUCCAGAGAGUAAAGAAAACUCGCCACAGAGACGUUGAAUCUAGAAACCUUCUUCAGGUAUACUCCAGGCUACGUUAAUUAAUAGUCCAAGUUAAUAACUAAUCAUUAUGAAGUACAUCUUGGUUACUGGAGGGGUAAUAUCUGGCAUUGGAAAGGGUGUCAUUGCGUCCAGCGUUGGCACCAUCCUUAAACAUUGUGGCUUACGUGUGACAUCCAUUAAAAUUGAUCCAUACAUUAACAUUGAUGCUGGGACCUUCUCUCCAUUUGAACAUGGUGAAGUUUUUGUAUUGGAUGAUGGAGGAGAAGUGGAUCUUGAUUUGGGCAAUUAUGAAAGAUUCCUGGAUGUUACUUUACACCGAGAUAACAACAUUACUACUGGCAAGAUUUAUCAGUCUGUUAUCAACAAAGAGCGUCAUGGAGAUUAUCUAGGCAAAACUGUGCAGGUUGUACCCCACAUCACCGAUGCUAUCCAGGAAUGGGUAGAAACAGUGGCACAGCGACCUGUUGAUGGAGACUUGGCGGAUCCAGAAGUAUGCAUUAUAGAGUUAGGAGGUACCAUUGGAGAUAUUGAGGGAAUGCCCUUUGUAGAGGCAUUUAGGCAGUUCCAGUUCAGAGUGAAGAGACAAAAUAUAUGUGUUGUCCAUGUGUCUCUGGUGCCUCAACCAUCAUCCACUGGUGAGCACAAGACUAAACCCACUCAGUCUAGUGUGAGGGAACUGCGUGGCCUAGGGCUAUCGCCGGACUUCAUUGUAUGCCGUUCAGAGAAGCCCAUUGAUCAAUCUGUGAAACACAAGAUUUCAAACUUCUGUCAUGUUUCACCAGAAAAGGUUAUAUGUCUGCAUGAUGCACAGAGCAUUUAUGAAGUUCCGCUAAUGUUAGAAGAGCAACACGUGUCACAUCUUCUUAGUGAUCAUCUUGGCUUAAACCUUGAUAGUCAUCGGCCAAGAAAUUUCAUGAAAAAAUGGCGUGAUCUGUCAACAAAGCAGGAACACUUACGCAGUGUGGUCACCAUUGCUCUUGUGGGCAAGUACACUCAGCUUCAAGACUCCUAUGCAUCAGUGAUCAAAGCCUUGCAACAUGCUGCCCUUGCGUGCAGUCGCAAAUUGGACUUGAAGUGCUUGGAGGCAGAAGAUUUAGAGGAAGAAACAAAAACUGCUAAGCCUGUCAAAUAUUAUGAGGCUUGGCAGAAUGUCUGCAAAUGCCAUGGCAUCAUCGUUCCAGGAGGCUUUGGUCAGCGAGGAGUGGAAGGAAAGGUGGCAGUCUGUAAAUGGGCAAGAACAACCAAGAAACCUUUCCUUGGAGUGUGUCUUGGUCUGCAAGCUGCUGUCAUCGAGUUUGCUAGGAAUGUGUUAGGAUGGGCAGAUGCUAACAGUCAGGAGAUAAUCCCGGAAGGUACUCGCCAUGUAAUUAUUGAGAUGCCUGAACACAAUCCUGGGCAGCUUGGAGGCACCAUGCGAUUAGGAAAAAGACAAACCCUGUUCAAAACCCACGAGUCAAAGCUGCGGCAGCUCUAUGGCAAUGUGGAUUAUGUCGAGGAGAGACAUCGACACAGGUAUGAGGUAAAUCCCAAAAUGAUUAGUGAUUUCGAGGCUGCGGGACUAAAAUUUGUGGGUCAUGAUGUGGAGGGUGAGCGGAUGGAGAUUAUGGAACUUGAUGAUCAUCCAUACUAUGUAGCUUGUCAAUACCAUCCAGAAUAUCUUACCCGACCCCUAAAGCCUUCUCCGCCAUAUCUUGGACUAAUCCUGGCUUCUUGCGGCAAGUUGGAACAGUACCUGGCACGUGGCUGCCGCAUGUCACCCACAGACUCUCCAGAAUCAUCUGAUGAGGAGCUGCCAAUGCCACCUCAUCUUCUAGUCAAUCAAACUGACAAGCCCAGUAUGUCACCAGCACAGCGCACCCCACCUCCAACAUCCCCUGAUACUGCUUCCAAUCUUCCAGAAUCUUCCCUACCCACUUUCUCUUCUCCUGUGAAGAAGAACACUCUGGGGGCUGAAUCUCAGGCACUGAGCUCAAAGGAAUAAAAUAGGAUGAUAGUUAGGAAACAAUAUUAAUUAUAACUAGGUUGUACAUGUAUAUUAAAAAGAUGGCAGGUCAGUAAUUUAAGGUCAUGCUAGGUCAUCAUAUUGUGUAUUAAGUGAAGAAUAUUUUUUAUAUUAUUCAGGAUAUUAGAUAAUUUAUUAAUUGUAUUUUAAAGCUUUAUUUGUGAAGAAUUCAUGCACACACACAUUAGAUUUAGUUGUUGAUGAAAUAUGUUUGAGGUGUUAACAAAACAUUGAUUAAAGAUACUUUUAUAAAAAUUAAGGUUGCAAAAGUUGAAAGAAUGCUUGCUCUUCAAAAGUAGACCUUCAAAUAGCCUCUUUUCUUCCAGUGCUGUAUAGAAUACAGGAGAGAACAUCCAUUUUGGUGGUGUGUGGUAGCACAGUGAAUGCCUGGUCUAGAAUUAGUAAUGUGUGGUACCACAAUGAAUGCUUGGCACACAAGAAAGUGGUGUGUGGUACCAUAAUGAAUGCCAGAUACAAUAGAAAUAGUAGUGUGUGGUACCACAAUGAAUGCCUGAUACACAAGAAAUAGUGGUGUGUGUUAUCACAAUUAUUGUCUGGUACACUAAAAAUUUGUUUCAUAAGGCUACAGUCUAUCAGGGUUUCUUCCACGUGGCUUCCUUAAGGUAUUGCAAGUCUGUUUUGUACAAACCCCCUGGUUAACUGGUUAGCUGUCUUUAACAUAUUCACCUUACAUUAGACCCUUGUCAUGAAAUGUGAUGCAGGAAAUCAUUGCAUUCUCCUGCCAUUUAUAUCGUACUUACAAUAUGCAGCAAUAUUAUGGUGUAUUUGAAAUUUUAACUACAUUGUGCAUAAAAAUAACAUAAUUAAUGUUAUAUUGUAUAGAGACACAUAAAUUAACAAAAUUUUAAAUUAGAAUUGCUCUGUAAACUUUUUAAAUGGGAAAAUUGAGCAUUGUCUUGAACAUUUUAUGUGAAAUGAAAAUUUUGAUUGUGGUACUGUCCUGAGACACUAUGUAUGUAUUCAGAUAUCUAUUUUACAAUCUUAUUCCUCAUAAAGUAGUCAUUUAACUUAUUGAUCACUAUUCAUGUAUUUAAUGUUGCUGCUGGAGCUUUAUGUGCAGCUGUGUUCAAUCUCGUACUUUUUCUUGAAGGAAGUAUGAUUAUUGAAGCACUAUUUACAAUGUCAUGUCAUGGAAAAAUUGAGCUUUAUGAUAAUGCCAGUGGAUGAAUAUUUUUUAUCUCGUCAGCUAUCUCUUUCACCAAGGCAGGGUGAUCCAGAGAAGAAAACUUUUUAACAGUCAUUGAUUAAGUUGCUCUAUUACCCCUCAGCUGCAACAUCUCCCUCCCUUAAUAUUUUUUUUUGUUGAUUUAUGGUUCAAUGGAAUUCUUCAUUUUCUAGUAAAUGAUCUGUAACUUUGCUGUAAAAUUUUAGUUGGCUUUAAAAAUUUUGCAGUGGUUGCUUUUCACUUGAUAGGUCAAAGCUUUGCAGUCCUUUUUUGACCUUUUGAAUUUCAGGAGUAAGGUUUAAUUUGUUUGAAAGGAGAGCAGCUGUGCUUGACAGCUGCACUCAUUGCAGGAACUAUUAAUUCACAAAAGCUGACUACUUUCAUUCAGCUUUAUUAAAAUCAAAAUAUCUGUUUUAGUUUUAUCUUUGAAUUCUUCUGACAUAUAUAAACAACUUUUGUUAUUUCAUUGAUAAAAUUCAAAGAAAAAAAUUGUUACAUUUCAGUGAUUGUAAAGCAAGCUCUGAAAAUUCUUUUCUUAACUCAGAAUAAUGUAGUGUAAAACUAAGAAUUGUAAUGAAUUCAAAUUUGAGAGUCUGAUAUCCUGGUUAAAUGUUGUCAUACUUCUGCAGUGAUGCUGACAACACAUUGUAGAGAUAUACUAGUAAUGAUGGGGUUACAAUCAGCAGUAUGCCCUGCUUUUGUUGCCCAAAUCUCUAGCAAGGGAAUUCAUUAGCAGUGAUCACAACGAAUGUUAUUAAGGGCAAAUCCUGUCAGAAUGCUUUUCGAUAUGUAUUAAAUUGAUCGACUCCUACUUGCACAGAAUAUGGAAAAAAAUUGUUAGUAUGGGUCAUUUCAAGAAUGGUCGGAGGGAUUGGAUACAAAAGGCUUCGAGUUUUAGGGGCUUGAGCAUCAAGCAGGCUUGUGUGAGCAUGUUUAAACAGGAGUACAUGAAGGCAAGUGACAUUUAAGGGCCAUGCUGUAGGAAUGUGAGUUGAGUGACCAUUAGGAAAGGAUUCAGGAUAACCAGUUAGCCGGAAUAGCAGUGCCUGCACCCUGAGGAAGGGGUGGGGAAGUUGUGGUAUGGAGGGUAAUCUGACUGUAAUGUUACACUUCUGGAAUGACAGGGCCUAGGUGAAUGUUAGCGAUUUUUUUUUUUUUUUUUUUUUUAAGCCACCCUGCCUUGGUGGGAUAAGUCCAUUGAGUUUCAAAAAAAAAUAAUUGAACUAUUGGUUUCCAUCUUAGUCUUGCAGUGGUAUAUCAUUUUACCCAAUAAGUGAGCAAAUGAUACGGCAGAUUAAAUGAUACAUAUCCUGUCUAAAAAGUUUAAAAAGUCUGAACUCCUUUUACACCAGGAUAAAAUUCACAAACAAAAAUAAUGAACAUACAGAAUGUUGUAUACAAUUCAAUAUUUAACUCAGAUAUUUUUAAUACUGAGUGGAAAAAAAUGUUACAGGGUAAGCAAUGUUUUUCUUGGUGCUUCUGAAUUUAUGCCAUUGACUAUUUGCUUUCUUGUAUCAUUUUUGAAAAUGUAAAUUCCUAUUUUUGCAAAUCUGAAACUUGGCUGUAAUGUUCACUUGUACAUCAUACAAAUUGCAUUUUUUUAUUUGCAUAAUUCAGCAGGUACACUGAGCAUGUUUUUAAUACACUCUUGAUAUUAUUAAUUACUGUCUUGCAUAAUUUGUUGGUGUUUAAAUUAGUAAUUUAGUUAUAAGUGAUUCAGUGUUUCAAACAGUUGUGUUCAUCUGUUCUUUAAUAUGGGUUUUUGUUAGUAGAGAAAUAUUUUUUGUACCUGUAAAUAGUUUUUGUAUGAGUUAUUAUAGGAGAUUGUGUCCUUGUCUAGCAAUGUGACCUUGUCUGUGUAUGAAGUCUCUUUAUACUCAGGGGUUCUUUCUCAUACAGGACAGUAAGUUUUUGUUAAUACCAGUUGCCAAAUAGUCUCAUGUUAAUCACAUUGAUUGUUAGAGAUGUCCCUAUGUAAUUCAGUUUGAAUGGUAAAGACUUGGAGAUUCUCAGUUUUAGUGAUAAUGGCCCUUUUUGCUCUUGAAAUUGUUACACAUACAUAUUGUAUACCUUAUCUGUUCAAAGAACAGAUCCUAUAUAAUAAGGAAUUAAUAUAGUAAAGACAAUUUAAAGCUCCAUAUUUUAUUCAAAUCUUUACACUGUAUUAUUAUUUUUUAUAUUAUUAUUAUAGUUGUUAUUCUGAUUUACAUGUUUAACAUGAAAAAUAGGCUAUAAGUUAAUUUUUAUUAGUAAUAGUAAUGAUUGACAGACAAAAACUAAUAGAGAAAUGUGCCUCCCAUAAAUUAAGCAUAAAUUAAUCCAUGUUGUAUUGGGUGUGGAACUACAUUCCUUAUUGCAUCUUAUUGUUGGCAUUCCUAAGUUUUUACAUGAAGAAAAAUAAAACUAUUAUAUCCAGUCAGGCUAGAGUGCAAUUGGGUAACAUGUUUGUUCCUGGAAGAAUGGUACUACUAACUGGCUGUGGUCUAGAUAAAUAGCAUAUACAGUAUUAGUCUCAUUGUAACAUUAACAUUAUAUAACACUGAACAUAAUUGUUCUAUUUGUUGCCUUAGUUUUUCUGAAUAAUAUGUAUCCCCCAAUACCCGAGUGUAAAAAUAGUGGACAAAACAUUUUUCAUGCAUGCAGGAGUAGUUGUAAUAGUUUGCCAACUUUUACUAAUCACUUCUGUGUAUAAUAGUAUGAUUAGCAUGUCUUUCAACCCAUAUAGCCUUAGAUUCUCUGAAAACAUGGAUAUUUAUCUCAUUCUUGUGAACUGUAGUGCUGCUUUUUUCGACAUUGACACAUUAAUGAUAUACAGAAUCAUUAAGUAGACAUAUAAGACAUGUGCAACAUUUGUGUAUCUUUUGUGGAGACAUUUUUCCCAGCCAGUGACUUGAUCAGUCCAGUACAGAGAAGGAUACGGUGAUGGAAGACAUAAAUUAUAAAUUUGAGGUGAUCAGUCCCUUUGAUUUGAUAGGUGGUGAUCAGUCCAACAUCUUAAUGACAAACAAAUUAAUUUACCAGUCAUGUUUUAAGUGACCGAAAUUAGUACACAAAAGCAACCACCUCACGAUGAGCCAUAGUGCAGUUUAAAAUUAAUUAUAUUGGUAACUAUAUGUAGUAAUGUGGCUAUCCUGUGGUGGGUGUUUUCAUCGAUAUUAAUUCCAGGAUCAUUAAGUCUUGAACUGAACAUCUUUCAAGGCUGAAGAACUGCUCAGCUCUAACUACUUCAUGUCUUCCACUGACUAGAACAGAUUCAUCAAUGCUAAAGGUCUGAUCUCCUCAAAUAACUUAGUCUUCCACUGUCUUCAGUAUUAUUCUCUGUAUUGGAUAAAUAAAAAGUCAUUGGUUGGUGAAACAUCUCCACAGUAAAGUAUUGCAUGUGUCUUAUUCAUUUCUGUAUUGACUCUGAUGCCAUUUUGUUUUUAAUUUUAUUCUGAAGGAGUAAAGAUAUGCAAUGUGUAGUAAUAUGUUCAUUUUUUAGUAAUAUUCUUGCUCAAUAAAAUUGUACUUAGUAUGAAAUGGGUUUAUAUGAGGAUUUGAGAAGACAAUUGACAAACUUGCCAGUGAGUUAUAGUUGUUUUCCAUACCAUAAUGCUCAUAUUCCUUCAAGUGUCAUAUGUAUUAGUCAGAGUGGUGAGUUUGUCAUGUUUACUCUGCCUUUUCUCAUUGAGUAUAAAGGGAUGUUCGACUGUGUCGUCAUGCCUGAAAAGUGAUUUGGCACCUAAGUAAACUUGGCUAUCACCUUAAAGUUCAUUAAAUUUAUGUUAAACUGUGACCAAUUUGAUCAUAAUUUUUUGGUUGAUUAUCAAGAUAGUGACAAUUGGCAAGUUCAUUGGUUUUUCUUCUCUGUGCCUCCUUAAAAAUUUUUACACUGCAUUAAUAUGACUUUUUUUCUCAUGAUUGUUUUUAUGUAUUAAGUCCAGUCACACGAGACAUGACUGAUAUAAUUAGCUUUAAAGUAACUUGUGUAAAUCUAGGGUUAAACUGAAGCUAAAAUUGUUAAGUGAGAAAAUACUUUACUGGCUUAGAUUAGAAUAGUGAAUUGUCUCCAGUCCUGUGUUUCAUUUUCUGACACUGCCCAUAAUCUAGCUCAGCUAGAUGAGGGUAGCCACCACAGUAGUACCUGUGUUUCACCAAGUUAUAUUAAACAGUUGACCUCACAACAAUUGUUUACUUAAGCUCAGAAUUGCACAUGUCCACUACCUGAAGUGCACCACUGCACCAAGUCUACCUGAAGUGCACCACUGCACCAAGUCUACCUGAAGUGCACCACUGCACCAAGUCUACCUGAAGUGCACCACUGCACCAAGUCUACCUGAAGUGCACCACUGCACCAAGUCUACCUGAUGAGCCUCUGCCCGAGCAAAGUUUUGAUAAUCCACAAAGCAGUGCCACACCAUCUAUGAUAGAUGAAAU